CACUGCUUUGUUAAUAUUAGGUUUGAAGUGAUUGAUAUCUUUUGACUGUUUCUUCUUGCCAUCUGUUGUCUGUUUCCAAGUUUAGAGCUUUUUCUUCUGCAAGAACAGCAUCCUUUUUGCUUGUAAAAUGACUGCCUCAGAAUUGUCUUUUCUAGAAAAGAAGGAAGAUCUGAGUCAAACUGAACAAGUAAUAAGCUGCAAGAACUCCUUUUCAGCAGAAUGAAGCAGAAGUCACCUGCAUUCUCUUGUGCACUACUGAGACGAAAUGACAUUCAUGUUUGCUGUGAAUGGAAGUCAUGGCAGCACCUAACAUGGGAGGGAGAGGCAUGAGUGGACAAUGUGGCGUGACUCGUUCAGAUUGCAGAUCUUCUGCCUGCUUAUGGCAGUACUGGCUAUUGUGGUGCUGGUCCACAAUUUUUUUCAGUUAGAGCACCUGGAUGAUGACACAGUUUCAGGAUCAAAUUGGAUAACAGAAAACAAUGUUGAGCGUUCUCUAUCACAAACAACUAAAACUGCCAGGAAACCUUAUUGUGGUUAUAAGCAGCAGACUUUGUCCAAGAGAGAACAAGCAGAACAGGAAUCAUUGCUUGCUGCAAUACAGUGGCCAAAGUUGCCUAACAGCAAAAUUGCCUUUGUACAAAGCACUGAUCCCGCACAUAGUGACUUUGUGAUUGUGAAGCCCAGCAGGUUCUUCAAGGUGGGUGAUCAGUUAGAGGUGCUUGUUCAUAUGAAGGAUUUCCAAGGAAAACCUAAGCAAUAUGGUGGCGACUAUCUACAGGCACGAAUUCAUUCUCCUCUGCUGAAAGCUGGAGCAACAGGAAAGAUUGUAGAUUGCCACAAUGGCCUUUAUAAAGUCUUCUUUACCUUGCUUUGGCCAGGGGAGGUCAAAGUUUCUGUAUCACUUGUCCAUCCGAGUGAAGCAAUCCAAGUCCUCCUGCGUUUACGAGAAGAAAGGCCUGACAGAGUCUAUUUCAAAAGCUCAUUCAAGUCUGGGAGGUAUUCAGAAACUACUGAGUGUAAUAUUUGCCUGCCUGGAGGUCUCCCAGUCUGUAACUUCACAGAUCUCUACACGGGUGAGCCAUGGUUCUGUUACAAGCCUCGAAAACUCCCCUGUGCCAGCCGAAUCAACCAUGCCAAGGGUGGAUAUCAAAAAGGUCUUCUGACACGAGAAGAAAGCCUCUUUUUCCAAAGUGAUGUGAAUAUCAAAAGGCCAAUACUCUCCAGUGGACCUGAUUCAGUGAUAGUAAAGCCCAAGGCAUUUACAGAUUCAAGCAGUGUAGACAGAGCUGAAGAUUCUAUGGCUUCACCUGCUGGUUAUUAUUAUGAAGAUCAGUGGAGGUCCAGAACACAUUGGAUCCAUCAUUUUAACAAGUCAGAUGAUAUAACCAAGUGCUUACAAGGAAAAGUAAUCCACCUGUUUGGAGACUCUACAAUAAGGCAGUGGUUUGAAUAUCUGACAGCAUUUGUUCCAGAUCUAGUGGAAUUUAACCUGGGGAGUCCUAAGAACGUGGGGCCUUUCAUGUCUGUGGAUCUGAAGCACAAUAUCCUAGUGAAGUUCCGCUGUCAUGGGCCACCCAUUCGCUUCUCCACAGUCUUUAGCAGUGAGCUGCGCUACAUUGCCAAUGAACUGAAUGGCAUAGUGGGUGGGAGAAACACAGUGAUAGCCAUAACUAUAUGGUCCCACUUCAGCACUUUCCCUGUGGAAGUGUAUAUUCAGCGGCUGAGGAACAUUCGGAGAUCAAUUAUUCAAUUGCUGGAUCGCAGCCCCAAGACUUCAAUCAUCAUCAGAACUGCCAAUGUUCAGGAGCUUGGGCCAGAAGUGAGCCUCUUUAACAGUGAUUGGUAUUCCUUUCAGCUUGAUUCUGUAAUGAGAAAAAUGUUCUCAGGAAUUGCUGUGCACUUUGUGGAUGCUUGGGAGAUGUCUCUGGCUCACUACCUGCCACAUAACUUGCACCCAAAAGAAAUAAUUGUUAAGAAUCAAAUAAAUGCAUUUUUAUCUUACGUGUGCCCUUUGCAAACUUAGCACAAGUAGGUACCCUUAUGUCAUCUUUUGCUAUAGCUGAAGUAAAGUUGCUCUUUGUUGGAGCAAUUGAGGUAGGCUGGGUGGUACGGAAGAACUCUGGUUAUUGUACUUGCAUGCAGUAUAAGUGGGUGGCCUUAUCUCUGGGUAGCUGUGAAGUGUGGUAAAGAGGAGUUGAUUGUUCAGGCCAUAUCUUCCUGCAAGGAUGAUUCCUGUCAACCUUACCAUUCAUAUCUGAGAUUAGAGAGCACUUUAAAUUAAAUCAACAGGAUUCAAUAAGAAAUUACGUGGAUUAUUAGCUUUACUAGUUGUCUGUACUGUAUGCUUAGCUUAAUCCAUAUGACACUGAUUUUGUUGUCAGAGUCUUGCUGCUCAGAACUGUGUGUCAAGUCUGCGAAAGAUUUUGGGAGCAGUCUUUCUCUCAGUGUUCUAGUGUUUGAGGGACAUCUCUCUCCAGUUGUAUGUCAGAGAAGCACAGUGUCUGUUCUUGUUUCAAAGUCCUAAUUAGAAAUGUGAAGGGAGUGUACCAAAAUCGCUAAUGUCAAUCAAGGAAGCAAAUCAAAGUAACUAUAAUAUUAAGUCAUCACAAAUUUGCUGAAAUAGAGUACACAAGUUAGGCAACUUUGGUGUUCACAGAUGGCUGCUAAAUAAUGCAAAUAGCCAGUAUUUUAGCUUGAUAUCCUGUACUACUGAAUUUCUUCUGAGCUUUGGUACACUGUCUACUUCUUGAUUUGUCUGUAAUGGAGAAAUGUGUAUAUUAUGACCUCAGUGAAGACACUGUCUCAGGCAGUUUCUGCAAGUUCAAGUUGCAGGCUCACUUACUUGAAGCUUGAAGCAUUUACUAAUAAAAGUGUUUCCCUUCCCUGUAAGAUAAAGCUCUUCACUUAUGUUCCUGUGAAGCUGGGCUUCUGAUAAUUACUCUUCUGCAUCAUUCAUAUGUUGUGUCUGUGUGGAGAAGCUAAGUGAUGUGAAUGCACUUGGUGAUUUGGCACUGGGUAACGGUAACUGGCACACACUAGUGCCAAGGCCAUGCUGUGGUGCCCCUUCUGAUUUCUUCAUGAGCUUCACUGCUGCCAAUAUAAAAGGUCAAAAAAAUUGCACCCAAAAGCCUAGCAC